CAGUAGGAAUGACGUCAUUUGACAGCGCUGACAACGGCUAGAGAAGCAAGCGCAAUAGAGUCCGCGCGUGAAUUUGAAAAACACAAGGGUUUGGUUUUCUGAUUGAUAACUUUACAGAGUUAGAAUUGCAAAUGGAUACACCACCAGUUCGGCAAACUAGAAGCACACGGAAGCCAUCUGCUAAUCGAGUAGAUGACACCGAAAGAAUGGGCAGUGCUGAGCCACUGGCAGAAGUUGAGAAGAGAGGGACACUGUCCCGUGAAACGGAGACUUUGAUAGAAUCUGUCACUGUAUCAGAAGGGAAGGAUCAAGUCUCAUGUAUUGAAAGCAAUGGAACUCCUCGGUCCGCAAACUGCUCUGUUGAAAAAGUGUAUUUGUCCCCAGCAACCCGGCGUCAGUCUAUACACGGUGCAAAUACACCAGAUUUGUUGAACUUCACAGGAAAUGAUGAUGAGCAAGAAAGAAGGCAGAGAAGGCGUUCCAGGGUUGUUGACUUGCAGCUGGAUAGCCCUUUCCGUGCAUCCCCAUCACAGAGGUGGACCCCAUGUUUGAGAAGGCAGCAUCCUUUGAUGAGUGCAGUGCUUCUGGUGUGUUCUUGUCCUAUCUUCAUUUCUAUGAUAACCACUGUGAGCUACUCUUUGACUGUGCAGUGAAGCCUCUUGUAAUAUGUGAAUCACUUGAACUACCUCCGUUAAUUGGUACUGAUGAGUCUGACCUUAAGGGUAUAUUACCAAGUCUGGAUAAUCGAACUAUCUGCUCCUCUCUGACUGGAUUCAAUUUUACCCACUGGGAUAGUGAAGAAAAUGAAGAGACUGCUGCAGUUAUGCUGGAGAAGUUUCGUAAAAGUGAACGGGUGUUUGAUGUUAAUGGUGAACCUGAACCAGACAAUAAUGAAACCUGCUGUGCUGGUAUAUCAAUGGUGGAUGACUUUGAUGGAGAUUCAUAUGACAAUUCACAAAAUUUGAUGAGGACUGGAGAACGUCGUACUGCUUUUGCAAAGGAUCAAGCCCACUGCAGGAGGGAUGUAAUUCCCUUGGAGGAGGCGGAUAUUAGCACAAUGUGUCUCCAGUUGUCACGGAAACCUGGCGAGUACUCAUACUUCAGUCCUAGAACCAUGACAAUGUGGAGAGGACCAGACCACUGGCGUUUCAAGCCACAUCACAAAGCAGACAGCAUUACAGAUAAGGCAAAAAAGAAAAAGGAGAAGAAGAUUUUUGUGCUUGAUUUCAGCGCAGAUGUGAACUUUGAAACCUACUUUAAGGAGACCAGGGCAGCAACUGUUCUAAACAAGGUAACUCUGGAUAGACGAAGUAAGAAGGCCACAACACUUCCAGCUGACUUCCACUAUGAUCCUGAAAAUCUCAUGCGAUUUAGCCUCAAGCCUAUUUACAUAGUAAAGAGAUCUCCCAGCAAAACUAUUGGUGCUGAUGAUGAUGUCCUUGAGGAUUACAAUUACAACAACCCUAAUGACACUACAAACUUCUGCCCAGCUCUACAGGAUGCUGACGGCGAUGAAGAUGAGCAGGACAUGUUUGAUUUUGGUGCUGAUCAGACAACCAAUCUUGGGGAAACUAGGAUAACUGAAAUGAAUGGGCUGAACAUUACAACGUAUGGAGAAGAAAAUCUUAUUGCAGAGCCGCAAAAGGUUAACAAGAUUGUGUUGAAUUAUGCAAAGACAGCAAAAAAGAUGGAUAUGAAGAGGUUAAAGCUAACAAUGUGGGAUUUGCUGCGAAAUAUGGAUAACCAAGUAGAGAAACCAGGUCCCACUGAGAAUGGUGCGACUGAAGAGGCCACAGAGAGCCCAGAUGGAAUUUCAAAGAUGGUAGAGAUGAAGGCAUUCAGUGAUGUGACAAGAAGCCUCAUUCCAAGGCUGCCAAAACUGAUGGCUGAGAACUUGUCCAUUCCACUGGCAUUUGCCUGCCUUCUUCACUUGGCUAAUGAAAAGAACCUGAAACUGAGUGGUGUUAAAGAUCUUUGUGAUGUGUUGAUUGAGCAAGACAGCUGAAGCUUCUGAGAAUACAACAGUGGCUUUUUUCCAAGAAUGCAGUUUAGUUUUGUACUGGGUGCAUUUGGGUCUCUCCUGCCAUGAUUUUCCAUCUGUUUGUGGUGAUACUAACUGCAUUUUAUUGUGAAGCAAUCAGUACCCUCAGUUACAUCCUCAUCUUAGGAAAAGGAGAGAUGCUGCCAGAAACUAUUUUCCCUCCAUCCUAGAGUUCCAUCACUUUUGCAUUUCUCAGUGGUCUGAGCCCAUUGUUGAUGGGGAUGAGAGACAAGAGGACACAUUCACUCCAACUUUUUGCAGUUCUGAACUUUCAGGAAACUGAGGAAAAUUUGAUUCUGCGCUGGAAAAUAUCAUAGUACCACAUACACCAAACAGCUGUAGUAUUUUACCUGGACAAGUCUGAACUUGUUAAUAGGAUAUAGGGGAAAAAAGGCUUUUUGCCUGUUUUUAUUUUGGUAUACUCUCUACAACACCAGCAUCACUGCCAGACACUUAGGACUGAGCAGUUUGCUCAUGAUGUAUUUUAACACUUAUUAAAUAUUUUGUGUAUAAUGACCCUUUUCUUGUAAAUACAGCACUGUCUUUCUCUUGUAUAUUGUCUACACCAAGCCCAGCUUUUGGUUGCUCUUUGUACCAUCAUUGUAGUGUACUCUAAACUUGUGUACAGCUAUUCCUGUUUCAUGAGUGGUCUUGAAUGUGGUUUGCUGCAUUUUGUUUGCUUAAUGUGUGUCCAUCUUUUUAUUAAUGUUUUUAACAUAUUAAAGAUAACUAGUGCUUCCUUCA